GAUAGUUGAUAGUUUCUGCCAAUUUGUUGUGUUCAGUGACUGUCGUUCUUUCUCUAUUUGCUAGGUGGCGUCCUUCGCGUUUAACCAGAUCGCUACGGUGGCAGGCCUGAGCCAUCCCCAGCUCAUGCUCCUGAACCUGACAGGGAACCGUCUGCAGCGGAUCUCCGGGCUCGACCCGUGUAAGCUCCGGGCCCUGACCACGCUGGAGCUGCGGGGCAACGGGCUGGAGAGCACCGAAGGGCUGGCCCUCCCGUCCCUCCGAGAGCUGUAUCUGGCGGCGAAUAAACUUGAGAAGAUUGAGGGUCUACGGAAAAUGCCGAAUCUGAAGUUGCUUCACCUUCGUGAUAACGUCAUUUCCUCUUUGAGUGGGUUCACUUCCGGCAUGAAGUCUCUCCAGUAUCUCAACCUGAGGGGGAAUCAGAUAAUGACCGUAAAAGAGGUGGAAAAACUGCACCACCUGAACCGUCUCCGAACCCUGUCCCUGGCGGGUAACCCUCUAGCCGAGGAAGAGGCUGAGCACUACGUGUUGGACGCCCUGUCCUACAUCCCGAGCCUGGACCGGAUAGACAAGAACCCCAUCUCGGAGGAGGACCGCAGCGAGGCCGAGGCGUUGGCCGAGCUUCGCCGCCAGGAGUUAUCGAGCUCGGACUCGCUGGCUCAUCUUCCGCACGAACAAAUGUUCUCUUCUGCCAGCUCAGAGUUCAGCUCAGAUAUGAUGUAGACAUGUCAAUAUUGCUGGAGCCUUGGGGAAAAUAUGUUUCCGGUUACCUUGUACAUGUACACUAGCAAACGUUGACGAUGGUCUUUUUUGGGGUGGAGCGCCGGCAGUCCCUUUUUUUAUCUAGCAUGUUAGUGAUGAAUGAAAGUAAUUGAAUGUACAGUGGACGUAAGAAUGCACUUCAAUCGUCCAAUUUAUUAGGGUACGUGCAUAUCUAAUACAUGUAAUUGCAACAUGACAAUGUCAAAGCUUAGUUUUACAUUCAAAUUUUACUUUUGUAAGCCGAAAUAUAAAAAAAAGAAAAUCCCUACCUACGUGCCAAGUUACUACCAACCCUAUUUUUUCAGAGUCGAAGCGUUAAUUGGAAACAAAACUAUCCUAGGCCUAGUGAACUGAGGAAAUUGUUGCAUAGUUUAUUUUCAGAAAAAAAUGGGUUGUUCAGCAUUAUAUUUAUGUACUAGUACUUUCUUUGCUAACAAUUACCUUAGACUUGGAACGUUACACAAUAAACCUAAUGUUAUGGAUUCUAGCGUUGCAGUUUUUAGAUGAGGCUGUUGCUGAGUUUCCAUCUUUUAAGAUUAGCCGUUGUAUUAGAAAUAAUUUCCCCUAUAGGCAAGUGUACAUCAAUGUUAAUCUUGCCAGCAUGUCUCCAUAACGUAAGUGGUACGCCAUCAACAUUAAAUCAGGAAAACGGGCGCGCAUUAUAAACGA